AUGGAGUGCUUACCAACUGAAAUCAACACCAAAAUUCUUAUAGACUUGCCAGUCAAAACACUAGGGCAACUAAAGUGCGUAUCAAAAUCUUUCAACAUGCUUCUCAAAUCUCCCCAUUUCAUCAAACGCCACAGCGAGCAAAUUUUGGAUCAGAACAGUCUGAAAGUACUACUUGUAGCUGCCAGUUCGAGUGUGCACACUCUGACAAUCACGGAUCACAACCUUGUCUCUCGUCUGGCUGCUGUUCCAUUGCCCCCGAAUGAUGUCAGCAAGUUCCGACAUCCCACCAGUCUGGUUGGCACAUCAAAGAGCUUAGCAUGCCUGCGCUGCCCUCCAAACACAUACUCUCUUCUGAACCCGACUACUAAAGAGUUUCGGGUUUUGCCUAAUCCUGGUAGAUUCUGGAUUUCGAGUUGGCAUCCGAGUAAGGUGUCCGGAUUUGGUUACAUUCCAUCACUGGAUGAUUUCAGGGUGGUUAGUGUUGCCCUUUAUAAAGAUCGGCCUUAUGCACCAGUGAUCAGGGUUUAUUCUAGUAAGGCUGACUCAUGGAAGACCAAGAAGAUCACGGUUACCGAACCACUUUUGGGUUUUAUUUCUGAUUGUGCGGUUUAUUUAAAUGGUUCCGCUUACUGGCUAGGCUGGUCUGUAGAAGUUGAUGGGAAGCAUCGAUAUCGACGACUUUGCCUCAUAGCGUUUGAUUUUGUUAAAGAGGAAUUUAGUACAGUUUCUUUACAUGAUGAGAAUAUACAUGAUGAGGAUAAAAUUAAGGCUUUUGUGGUGUUGGAAGGGUGCCUUAGUGUUGUGGUUGAUGAGGAUGAUUUCUCUGUGGGAAUGUGGAUGAUGAAGGAUCUUGGUGUUCAAGAGUCUUGGACCAAGAGUUUUUCGUUCAGAAGAUCUUUUCUUCAACCCCAUGUGCCGGUUUUCCCAAUUUGCCAGGCAGAAGAUGCCGUUUUGUUUGAUGUAAAUCUUGAGCUUGGAUGGUAUGAUCCGGUGAAGGAUAUAGCCUCCAAGCUUUGUGAUUUACGAAGGAUUAGGAGUAGGGAAGGUCGAAUCCACAUUGCAAAGUAUGAGGAGAGUCUGAUUUCGCCUCAUGACAUUCGGCAGGGCAGAAUUGCAAGCAUAAUAGCGGACGAGGAGAUUGCUUGUCUGAAAUUAGAGCUUAAUAAGAUGAUCCUGAAGCUUGAGGAGGCUGAAGCUCACGAGAUGGAUCUUCUGGAGAAGCUUAGAAUUGAUGAGGAGAAUAAUGUUCUGAAGAAGCGGAUCAAGGAGCUGGAGGAUGAGCUCAGUAGGCUGCGACUUUGA